CCUGUCCUUGGUUGCAGCAGGCACUCCCUGGGCUAAAUAGCAUCACCAUGUCUGUUCGAUACAGCUCAAGCAAGCAAUACUCUUCCUCCAAAAGUGGAGGAGGAGGAGGUGGAGGAGGAGGAUCCAUCAAAAUUUCGAGCAGCAAAAGCUCCCAUGGUGGAGGAUAUAGCUCAGGGGGCGGUUUCAGUGGUGGCUCUUUUAGCCGUGGGAGCUCUGGUGGAGGCUGCUUUGGAGGCUCAUCGGGUGGCUAUGGAGGUGGACUAGGAGGUGGGUAUGGUGGAGGUGGCUUUGGUGGAGGCUACGGAAGUGGCAGCUUUGGUGGCGGCUAUGGAGGAGGCAGUUUUGGAGGAGGCAGCUUUGGCGGGGGCAACUUUGGUGGGGGCUUCGGCGGAGGCGGCUAUGGAGGAGGCUUUGGUGGUGGAUUGGGAGAUGGUGGCCUUCUCUCUGGAAAUGAAAAAAUAACCAUGCAAAAUCUGAACGACCGCCUGGCUUCCUACUUGGACAAAGUUCGGGCUCUUGAAGAAUCAAACUAUGAGCUAGAAGGCAAGAUCAAAGAGUGGUAUGAAAAGUAUGGCAACAGAGGCCAGCGAGAGCCUCGUGACUACAGCAAGUACUACAGAACCAUUGAAGAUCUUAAAAAUCAGAUCCUGAAUCUAACAACUGAUAACGCCAAUGUCCUGCUUCAGAUCGACAAUGCCAGGCUGGCAGCGGAUGACUUCAGACUGAAGUAUGAGAACGAGGUAGCCCUCCGCCAGAGCGUGGACGCUGAUACUAACGGCCUGCGCCGGGUGCUGGACGAGCUGACCCUGACCAAGGCUGACCUGGAGAUGCAGAUCGAGAGCCUGACUGAAGAGCUGGCCUACCUGAGGAAGAACCAUGAAGAGGAAAUGAAAGACCUUCAAAAUGUGUCCACUGGUGACGUGAAUGUGGAAAUGAACGCUGCCCCGGGUGUGGAUCUGACCCAACUUCUGAAUAACAUGAGAAGCCAGUAUGAACAACUUGCUGAACAGAACCGCAAAGACGCCGAGGCCUGGUUCAAUGAAAAGAGCAAAGAACUGACCACAGAAAUCGAUAGCAACAUUGAACAAAUGUCCAGCCAAAAAACUGAGAUUACCGAAUUGAGACGCACUGUUCAAGGUCUGGAGAUCGAACUACAGUCCCAACUAGCCCUGAAACAAUCUCUGGAAGCCUCGCUGGCAGAAACGGAAGGUCGCUACUGCGUGCAGCUCUCCCAGAUUCAGGCGCAGAUCUCCACUCUGGAGGAGCAGCUGCAGCAGAUCCGAGCUGAAACCGAGUGCCAGAACUCCGAGUACCAGCAACUCCUGGACAUUAAGAUUCGACUGGAGAACGAGAUCCAGACCUACCGCAGCCUGCUAGAAGGAGAGGGAGGUUCCAAAGGCCGCAAGACCUCUUCCGGGUCCUCUGGGGAGUCCUCAUCUAAGGGACCAAGGUCAGGAGAACCUGGCUGGGACAACAGUAAAACCAGAGUGAUCAAGACAAUUAUUGAAGAAGUGACACCUGAUGGUAGAGUCCUUUCAUCUAAGGUUGAAUCAGAAACCAGGAAACACUACAAAUAAACUACAUCAAGCGGAAAGUCUCCCUUCACACAGGCCACUUUGCACAGAUGCAUGGAAAACAGAACCUCCAUGAAGAACAGAACCUUCAGGCCUGAUGGUCUAUGGAAAUAGGUUCCCUCUUUGAAAAUAAGGUGUCUAAAAGGUGUUUUGUGGUUUCUGUAUUUCUUCUUUCCACUUUACCAGAAAGUGUUCUUUAAAGGGAAAAAAAAAAUUCUAUCCUCAUCUACUAAUGAACUCAAUAAACUUUCCUACUGAUGCAAACAAU